AUGUAAUCUUUCUCAAUCAACUAAACAAUGAGCCACAAAAGUGACUUAGUUAAUGAGUUGCGUAGAAAAUAUGGCCAUUAAUAUCAAGUCAUUUCUGAGGCAUACCUUAAAUGCCAAAAUAAGAAAUAGCAUAUAUAAGAGUCAAAUUUACGAUUGGGGAUAUUUGGUCUUAAUAGAGAUGGCAUUAUUUAAUAGUUUAGCGAGACAAAAUUUGAUUGGAAAUCAGAUUUGAAAAUUUAUGCUAUAAAAUAGAAAAUCACAAUCGAGAAUAAUUCUGGAGAAUAAAAGAAGACAGAAUGCUAAAUUAAGAGCUCAUUAAAUAUUCCAAAAUUUUAAUUCAGCAUAUAAUACAGGAGUGAUUCAUGGACGUCUAACAUCUCCUCCACUCAGCAAUAAAGAUCAAAUCAAUUGAAAACUGAGAAUGAUAUUUGGAGUUUCUCAUUCCAUGAAUACUCAGACUAUAAUUUCUGGCUUGAGUAGCUUUAUCCGAUUAAUUUCUCAGACAAUAUCCAGGAUGACUAUGAAAUUAUAAAAGAAAUUGGAAAAGGAAAUUUCGCUCAAGUUUAUCUGGGUAAACCCCUACCUCAUUCCCCAUUCAAGGAUAAUCAUGAAUUUGUAGCUAUUAAAAGAAUUCUGAAGUAAAACUAAGAGUAAUCUCAAAUAAGAUAAGAAAUUGAAGCAAUGUAAGCAAUGAGAAGAGUGCCUGGAUUAGUUCAAAUAUUAUAAGUUUAUGAGACUAAGAAUAGUUAUCACAUAGUCAUGGAAUUAAUUAAAGAUGGCAAUUUAUACACGUAUAUUAAGAGUAAAAAAGUAUUAGAUAGACAUUAGUAGGAAGAACUGAUCUAUUAAUUGCUAGUGGGUAUAAAACAAAUGCACUUGAAAGGUUUUGUUCACAGAGAUAUAAAACCAUUAAAUAUUUUAAUGUCAUAAACAACUACUGGCUUAUAAAUCAAGAUAGCCGAUUUAGGACUGUGUGGGAAAUUAACUGAAGAAAAAAAGCAUUUCGAUUCUGUUUGUGGAACACCGGGAUUUAUGGCUCCAGAAAUAUUCAGGACACUAAGGUAUGACUAGUAGUCAGAUAUAUUUAGUUUGGGAUGCAUUUUCUAUUUCAUUUUAACCUAGAAACUGCUGAUAUCGGGAAGUAGAUUCGAAGAUGUACUUAGAUAUAAUAGAAACUUCAAUAUUGAUAAAUGGAAUAAGGAAAAAUUGUUGUGUAAUAAAGAUGAAGAAUUUGUAAGUAAAUUCAUAUAAGAAGAUCCAAUGCAGAGAAUCUCUAUAGAUGAAGCAUUAAUUGAUGAGUGGUUUUGUGACCUGAAAUUGAGAAAACUUCUUAGAAGUACUCACAAUCGUAGUAGAUCCAUAAUUAUUAAUAAUCACGAUAAUAAGAGAUAAGAAAAAGUUGGAAACCUAUAUAACUAGAAUAAUUUUAAUUUUUCAAGUAUAAAAUCUAAACUCAGAAUGGGUAUAAACAAGAAGAAUCCUUAGUCAAUACUAAGUAAAAAAGUAUAGUUAAACUUCUUGGAAUCUAAUGAGUAACUAAUUAACUUAGUAUAAGAGAAUUGUGAUUUAUAAGCAGAAAUAGCCCCUGUAAAAAUUUGUAAAAAUGAAUUAAUCAAUCCGCAUUUAUCAAAUGACGUUAACGAAUAAAUCUUAGAAUCAACCUAAGAUUUCGACAUAAUCAAUAGUAUCAAUUAACAAAAUUAAUAAAAUAUUCCCUUUAAUUGCUAUUGCCACAUUAAAAUGUCAGAUUUGAACGGCCCAGUGAUAAAAGAGAAACGAAUUUUUAUAUGA